UACACUGCUGAAUUCUAUCGCACCAUCAAUCACCCACACUUGGCACAACAGAUCUCACCGCUGCGCGGCGACUUGCUCUCGCCCAGCUCACCUUCGGCCGACUCGUUGGGUUCGUUAUCGCCGCCACCGCACUAUCUGCACGGUCGCGCCAAUUCAGUGUCGCCGCCUGUGCGCUCCGAAAUCAUACAUCGGCCGAUUGGCGUGCGACAACUGCCACAACAAACGCCAUCACAACACCAACACCACCACCACCACCACCAGCACCAGCAGCGUUUCAUGCCUUACCCGCUGCCCAAUGCGGCCACCGCCGCCGCCGCUGCAGCAGCAGCAGCAGCAGCUGCCUAUCACUCGCAACACGCAACGCAUCAGUCGGCUGGCUAUCCGACACCAUUGAGUUAUUCGCACCAUCACCCGCAUGCGCCGAUCUCACCCACCUACUCGGAGUCCUCGUACUACUCAAUGCGCUCAAUCACACCCGAGCCACAUUGCUCUGCGCUGCCUGAGGAUUUGUCGCUGAAGCACAGCAUGCUGCAAAAGUCGUCGCCACAAAAAGCGCACGGCAGAAGCGAUCACCACGCCUGUGACAAACGUGAUGCUAGCUUGGGACACAGCAGCUCAGCGCCCAGCACGCCCACAUCCUCGUCAAAGAAGGACAAGUCGGCACCGCCGCGCUAUCAGUGUCCCGACUGCCAGAAAUCCUACUCCACCUUCUCCGGCCUCACCAAGCACCAGCAAUUCCAUUGUCCCGCCGCCGAAGGUAAUCAGGUGAAGAAGUCGUUCAGUUGCAAGGACUGCGAUAAGACCUACGUUUCGCUGGGUGCGCUCAAGAUGCACAUACGCACCCAUACGCUGCCCUGCAAGUGCAACAUCUGCGGCAAGGCAUUCUCACGCCCCUGGCUGCUGCAGGGCCACAUACGCACACACACCGGCGAGAAGCCCUUCAGCUGCCAGCACUGCCAUCGCGCCUUUGCCGAUCGUUCCAAUCUGCGCGCUCAUCUGCAGACGCACUCCGACAUCAAGAAGUACUCGUGCGGCAACUGUUCGAAGACCUUCUCGCGCAUGUCCCUGCUGACGAAACACUCCGAGGGCGGAUGUCCUGGUAGCAGCGCAAGCGCGAAUAGUAGCAGCGGUAACAGCAGCAGCGGCAGCAGUUGUGUCAGCGCGCUGGUAGCUGAUUCGAUGGCGUCCGCCCAUGAGUUGCACAAUUAUCCAGUCUUCGUGGAGCACUAGAGUGCAGAGCGAAGAGCAGAGAAGUGUAAAUAAAGUGCAAAGCUAAGUUAGAGCUGCGCGGCCAAGCCGAGUCUGCCAUGUUCCACCAAAAAUUAGUUCCUAGUUCGAAACCACCCACCACCACCAGCCAUCAGCAAGCAAGAAAAGCA